AUGGCGGCGGCGGACCUGCAGGAGCUGCGGGCGCUGGUGGAGCGGGCAGGCGGCCGGCGGGCAGUACUGCUGGUGGCCGAGGUGGUGGAGGGGGCCCCGGGGGCGCCCGCGCUCGCCGCCUUCGCCCGCGACCUCCUGGACGACGAGGCGCCGCGCGCAGCGUGCCCGGUGCAGGUGCCGGGGCGCCGGGCGCGGCGCUCGCCGGGUGCCGGGAGCCGGGCGCUGGAAGCGCGGCUGCUGCUGGUGCUGUGCGGCGGCGGGGCGGCGCGGGACCGCGGGGCGCGUACUCGCCUGCGGGAGGUGGUGCGGGACGUGCGCGGCCGCCUGCCCGCGGGGCCGCCGCCCGCCGUCGUGGGCGUCCUGCUGCCCGGCGGGGACGGAGAGGACGCGGCGGUGCUGGACGCGGCGCUGCGGCAGCACUUCCCGGCGCCCGGCACGGUGCAGGCGGCCCGGUACAGCCCGGGCAGCCCCGGCGAUUGCCGUGCCGCCGCCUGCCGCGCCCUGCGGGCUGCCCUGCAGCACCCCGCAGAAGACACGAAAGAUAGGGAGAGGUGGAGGCUGCCAUCCUUCCUGCAGUGCAUUUCUUGGAAUCAGAGGAGCUGGAGAAAAGAUAACAAAGCAAAAGCUGAAAAGAAAAUUCAUGAAGAUGACCUGCAGGACCCUGAGGAAGAAGUGGCUCUGGCCAGCCUUUCCCCCAAUGGAAACUGUGAAGAAGCUGCUGGAGGCAUAGGCACCUAG